UGCCUCUCAGCCUCAGCAGCAGGAGUCACAUGAGAGGGGGCCGGUGUUGUGUCACGUGAGGUGUCUCUUCCGAAAACAUGGCAACAACUAACUAGCACGGAACGAAACAGCAUCCGACCGACUGUCGUCCGUCCGCUAACGCGCUUCAUUAAGCAUCGGAAAACAUGGUGGACGUAAACGUCGCCUCGCGCAUUUGUUCUCGUCUCAUAACGUUUCUCUAGUCCCACUUCGCGAUGGCCGAAACCGCCCAAGAACCGUUAGCUUAAUGCUAGCUAGCUGUCGGCCGCCACAAACGAGGGACCGGUGGAAGGGGAGACGAGUUCUGCCCUUGGUGACUCUGAGAUCGUCCCUCAUGAAUGUCUGAGAGGAAUCCUCGUGGGAGACAGCGAGGUGAACGCAGCAGGACACUUUGCUACUGUUAACAAGCAUCGUAAACUCACCAUGGAUUGGCUGAUGGACACCGUCGAGAAGGACUUGGGGGUUGACCGGCGGCAGCAGGGCCCAGGUCCCCGUGCCAGGGAGCUCAUCGCCCUCGUUCCCACGCGCUGGGUGACCAGCCUGAGGGAGAUGAGGCUCAUGCGCUGUGCACGCGUUGAUGGUGUCAGCGAGCCGGAAAUCCGCACCUUCCUUCAGUGUUCUCAGGCAAAGUUGCCCCCCGGCUGGACGCGAGUCUGCAUUCAGGGACUGAGGAAAAGCAAGCUGGGCUACAGGUUGGCCAGGGACCCGUGCCAUCAGCAGACGGAGUUCACGUCAGGAGACUCUUAUGUCAAAACCAUGCAGUAUGUGUCGCAACAUAAUGUCAGGAAUCUGUGGCGUGAUGCUCAUUCUAAACAUGUGCAAGCCUAUUCAGGAGCCAAUGAGCAGAUGCAUGUUGCAGCUGUGGAUGCAGUGCGUCAGGCGUUACAGAAGCUCUUCAAUUCACCGUUCAUCUCAACUGACAGAAUGUCACCAUCUCUUUCCCCGGCUAGAGAGAAGGAGAAAGAAAACAACUUGAUGUCCGGUCCAUUGUGCUUUUCCAAGUCCCAGCCGGAGCAUCCGUGUCCCAACGUUCUGCCUGCAGAUUGUCUGCUGGAGACAGCGGAGAUGCUCUACGUUAUUCUACCCUACACUCAGUAUUCGCUCCAUGAUAUUAUCUCCUUCAGCCCGGCCAAGCUCGCAAACAGCCAUGCCAAAGUGUUGUUCAUCCUCUACCAGGUACUAAUAGCCCUGCAGGGAUGUCAUGCGUCAGGUCUGUCUUGUGGAGAGCUCUCACUGAUGGACAUAGCUGUAGAUGAGCAGCUCUGCAGCCGUCUCAAGCUCAACCUAGCCCAUUACGAGGAACUGGGUCCAGAAGGGGAUGCAAACAGCGAUGUUACUGGCAAACGAGUGCCAAAACCUGUCCUGCCAAGGAGCAAGUCAUGUGUGAGCCAAGGGAACAAAAGACUUUGCAAAGACUGCUUUGAUGAGCUUAAGAAGUUGGUUCUGGACUGGGUCCACGGGCGAGUCAGUAACUUCCGCUACCUGAUGGAACUGAACAGGUUAGCAGGACGGCGUGAAGGUGACCCUAAUUAUCACCCAGUGCUGCCAUGGGUGGUUGAUUUCACUGUGCCAUUAGGAAAAUUCCGAGACCUCAGGAGGUCAAAGUUCAGGCUCAACAAAGGGGAUAAGCAGCUGGACUUCACAUAUGAGAUGACCAAAGAGGCUUUGGCCGCUGCAGUGGGUAAUGGGGUGGGUGGAGGUGGUGUAGGUGGGGACCUCGGUGGCUCCGGAGGUGCCGGUGGUGCUGGACCUUCUGACCAUCUCCAUGUGCCUCAUCACAUAUCUGACGUUCUCUCAGACAUAACCUACUACGUCUACAAAGCGCGACAAACGCCCAAGUCGGUGUUGUGCAGCCACGUUCGCUCCCAGUGGGAGCCCAACGAAUACCCAGCCAGCAUGGAGCGCAUGCAGAGCUGGACCCCCGAUGAGUGCAUUCCUGAGUUCUACACAGAUCCCUCCAUUUUCCGCUCAAUCCACCCCGACAUGCCAGACCUGGAAGUGCCUUCCUGGUGCAAGUCGUGCGCGGAGUUUAUUGAGGUGCAUCGGCGCCUUCUGGAGAGCAGAGACGUGUCCCAAUACUUGCAUCACUGGAUUGAUCUCACAUUUGGCUACAAGCUGUCUGGUAAAGAAGCUGUCAAGGCCAAGAACGUCUGCCUGCACUUGGUUGACAACCACACCAAUCUGACCACCUAUGGUGUAGUGCAGCUGUUCGACCAGCCCCACCCACCACGCCUAUCGCCAUGUCAGUACGCCCCAGCAGAACCUCCAGUCCUUGGCCUUGCUUCUCUUAAUGUGCCUUCGCUAACCAUCCCUCAAAUCGACGCCGUAGCGGAUUCUGUGGAUGGACUGGUGCCGGAGUCAACAGGGUGCGAGUCAAGUGGCUGGACCGUGGUAGACCGGGAUGAAGAUCUGGAACAAGGGACGGAAGCUCUGGACUCGUUAGCGUCUGCCGGCUCAUCCGGCUCUGCUUCCUGCGCCGUGCCAAUGCCCGGCGUCGGUGCGGCUGGAGGAAAGAUGGGAGGAGAGCACACAGGACAUAUUGCAUCGCAGUCCCCGAGUUCAUUCCCCGGGGAAUUCACAGGCGCCGUGGGCUCUGGUUUACGGAGUGCCAUGUUGCAGAGAGGUGGGCCAACCAACAGAAGGCACGCGGAGGGCACGGUGUCUGGCACCAAUGCAGAGGAAGCGAAGAUCCUCCUCCCCGAAGGCUUCCACCCGCUGCAGCCUUUGGAUGAGCUGGAGAGGUUGAACAACUUCCUGGUGAAGAGUCUGCGCGCCGAUGUGGGGCUUCCUGACUGCAUGAGGGACGGCGUCACCGCCGAAUCGCUCCCCUCUCUCGCGCGGCUCUAUCAACGGGACAUGCAGGCCCUCGGCGUCGUCAUCGCCGAGAUGUUCUACCCCGCUAAGCUGAGGGGACUGAAACCCGGCACCCCCCUGAGACAGCGUUUCCAGGCGGUGAUGAAGCUGUGCUCGGCCAGCCUCCGGGACGUGCCGCUGUCAUUGCAUUACGCCCUAAAGACGCUGCUGCUAAUUGAGAAGCACGCUGGAACGGCACAAACGGAAGAUCCAGAUUGCCCCCGCCCACUCCUUUUCAAAUAUGAACCCAUCUGGGAUGGUCUUCCUCCCCCGAAUCCCUGCCAGCUACUGAACUCAAUCAUCUCGCCCUUUCCUUUCCCUCCCUACUUUGCACCUCUUCAUAGUUUUAUCUUUUCCUACCACGCCACCAUGGAGACCACGUGCAGUCUUCAAGGUAGAGAGGUUGUCUUCCAGCUGUGGCAGCAGCUGGAGACACUGUUGCGGGGGAACAUCACGGCUGAGGGCCUCGAGAUCCUAUUACCCUUCAUUCUGGCCCUCAUGCUCGAGGAGUCCACUGCGGUCUACGCUGCCUGGUACCUUUUCGAGCCCAUCUCUCGAGUGCUGGGUCCCAGAAAUGCGAACAAGUACUUGCUGAAGCCACUUGUUACCGUUUAUGAAAACCCUCACUGCCUGCGUGGACGCUUCUAUCUCUACACGGACUGUUUCAUCCUGCAGCUAAUAGUGAGGCUCGGCCUGCAGGCCUUUUUGUCCAGCCUGCUCCCCCAUGUGCUGCAGGUCCUCACUGGCUUCGAGAGCUGCAUCUCCGGCUCUAGCGGGGAGGCUUGCAAAGGGCUGCGGGACGCCACGUGUAACCUUAGAGAAGAAGAGGAAGAGGACUUUCAGUGUGGCGAGGGACGGCCGUCUUCCGGGUCUGUCAGCGCGAAUAUGGGAGGUGGCAGCGGGGCCGGCGGAGGAGUCGGCGGGGUGGGGGAGACUGGGAUGGUUGAUUACUCCUCUGGCGUCAGUCUCAAUGACCAAGUGUUCAUGUCAGAGGCGGAGGACUUUCAGAACGGGUUCUACGUCAACAAUGCAGCGGGGUCGGCUGCUGGGAAACAUCAGAGCCAGAACUCUGCCUCCAGGGAUCAGGACCAGGAGUCUCUGAGCGUGGGGAAGCUAAGCGACAAAAGCAGCACAAGUGAGCUCUCAUUGGGCGAUGGGGAUUCAAUGCGGGAUCGAGCUAGUCUCAAAUCGUCCAACAGCAGCCAGGACCUGAAACAGGCAAGUGAGGGAGAGGAGGGAGGAGAACUGGAGGAGGAGGAGGUGGGGAUGGAGGACCCUACCACUGCUGGACCGGGGCUAACUCUCUCUGGCUGCACUGAUGCUUCAGGAGCUACAACGGCCACUCUGGAGGGUGACUUUGUGAACGCAAUGGCACCGGAAGAGACUGAGAAAGGCAUCGUGGGAGAGCAGGAGGAGGAGGACCAUGAUGCAUCUGACGAGUCCGGGGAGAAAGAGCAAAAGAUUCUUCUAGAUACAGUCUGCAAAACGGUCCGGUGGCUUUCGGCAACGCUUGGGCCUACGGUGACUUCUCGAUACGUCGCCAGGAAUUUGCUGCGAUUGCUCACAAAUUGUUACAUCGGACUCGACAAACAUCAGUUUGUGUCCGUCGCAUCAGAGGAGAGCAGGCGGGAGAGUGUGGGAAUGGGCAGCGUUUAUGAGAAGAAGCCGGUGGUUGGUGACCAGACAGCCGGACCCGUGUUGGAGUGUCUCAUCUACGUAGCUCAGCUUUAUGGAGAACCUGUGCUAACUUACCAGUACCUGCCUUAUAUCGGAUAUCUGGUUGCUCCACCUUCUUCACAGCGUCUUAACACGCGUAAGGAGGCAAGUCUGCUUGGAGCUGUUGCCCUUACGCAGAAGAUCAUUGUCUUUCUCUCUGAUACCACACUUAUGGACAUGCUGAUGAAGAUCAACCAGGAUGUGCUCCUCCCUCUGCUGGAUUUGCUCACCUCCCCUCGCAUGGGGUUCCCCAGCGGGGUGCAGACACGCACCGCCGUCUGCCUCAAGACACUCAGCCUGAUGGCUCUCAUCUGUCUGCGCAUCGGGAGGGAGAUGGUGCAGCAGCACAUGGCUGACACUCUGCGUCGCUUCUUCGCCGUUUUCUCUCUGCUGCCUUUUUUGAAGGCCCAGCUGGACAGCGCUCCUUGCAGAGUUGUGGGAGAAGUCACGGUCGUGGACGUCUGCACACCUGAAGAGACGAAUGUCACGUAUGAGUUGGCGGUGUUGGAGGAGCUACAGACUGUAUUCAACGCCGAGAUGGCCCAUGCCUCCUACAUCCCCUUCUACUGCCUCAUAGGGGACGUGGCAAUACGGAAACUGGUUCCCAACCACGAGCUGGUCUGGCAGUUAGCCCAGUCCUACCACCAGAGUUUGCACCAGGGCAGUUCAGAGACGUCCAAGGUGGAGCCAGCCCCGUCCUCCACCGGCGUCCCCUCUGGUUUUGCCCGACCUGUCGGCUCCAACCCAUUCCCUGCACCCUCGUCCACCUCACCGGGAGACGCCCUCCCGGAGUCGGGCACGUUUGGGAGCCACCUGGUAGGAAACCGUAUCCAAGUGUCCCAGGACAACGAAUAUGACCGUAGCCGGAACCUGGGUUUGGCCAACUCUUGGGGACGAUCCAGCCACACCAACGCCACCACCAGCACCACUAGCACCACCACCGCCUCCAGCCUCACCACUCCAUCCUUUGGCACGGCUUCCGUCUCUUCCUCCUCCUCCUCCUGGGUGAAGGGCCCCACUCCAGAGGACAGUGCACUGAAGCAAGAGCUCCCUCGCAGUGGCCGCUCCCUGCAGGGCAACUGGCUGGCCUACUGGCAGUACGAGAUUGGCCUCAACCAGCAGGAUCCACAUUUCCACUUCCACCAGAUACGACUGCAGAGCUUCCUGGGUCACUCGGGCACCAUAAAGUGUUUGGCCCCGCUGGCUGGAGAGGAUUACUUCCUCUCUGGAAGUAAAGACAAGACGGUGAAGCUGUGGCCCCUCUAUAACCACGGCGAUGGAACGCAGGAGGUGGAGCCCCGGGUUACGUACAACGACCAUCGAAAGUCCAUCUUCUACGUCGGACAGCUAGAGGCUUCGCAGGAGGUCGUCAGCUGCGAUGGAACGGUGCACCUGUGGGACCAGUACACAGGCAAACAGAUCCGCUCGUAUGAAGCCGUGGACGGAAAGAAUCCCAUCACGGCGGUCACCACCAUGCCGGCGCCACACUGCAGUGUUGUGUUCGGCAGUGCGGAUUCUAUCCUCCGCUUCAUCGAUCCUCGCAAGCCCGGCCUGCAGCAUGAGUUCCGACUGGCAUACAACAACGUGAGUGCCGGGCUCAUCCGCUACCUGGCGGUGAGCCCUUCAGGGCGCACCGUGGCUGCAGGUUUCUCGUCUGGCUUCAUCGUUCUGCUGGAUGCACGCACUGGACUUGUUCUAAAGGGAUGGCCGGCGCACGAGGGAGAUAUCCUCCAAAUGAAGGCUGCAGAAGGAAACUUGGUGGUCAGCUCCUCCACUGAUCACACCCUCGCCGUGUGGAAAGACCUGGAGCACAAGCCUCUUCGCCAGUACAAGUCGCAGUCCGACCCCAUCCACGCUUUCGACCUUUACGGUUCCGAGAUCGUGACCGGAACGGUGGCCAACAAGAUCGGGGUGUACUCCAUGGCAGACAUCUCCCUGAGUCCCGUCAGCAGCACCAAGCUGAGUUCGGAGAACUUCCGCGGCACUCUGACCAGCCUGGCGGUCCUGCCCACCAAGAGGCUGCUGCUGCUGGGCUCUGAGAACGGCGCCAUCCGGCUGCUGGCUUAGGCAGGAUCAACGGCUCGCGCCUAUGCUAAACACUUGUUGACCCUGAGAGUGUCUUUAUUCCUGAAGAAGCCAGGUGUCUGAGCUUUCUCUGUCCCCUGUCCUGUGCUUGAGGUCAAAUGUGUUGGUAGAGCACGUACUUUAAAUGGCUUUAUGUAUGAAGAAGCACAAAUAACGGCAUCGGUUGCCACCGAAUCUGACAGCGAAAACGAUGCGUGUGUGAUAUUCACUAUGUACAGUAAAUCCACUGUUUUUUUUUUUUUCUUAAAAAGCCUAUAGAUGUAUAGAAAUUAUAUUAUAGAAACGUCAUAUUUUGACAGGUCAUUUAUUCCUUUGACUAGGUCAGUUACUCUGUUGAACAGAACUAAUCAGAAGACGCGCUCAGGAAAGGGGAAACCUAACACAGUUCUCAUGUAGUGUUUACGCUUUCCAAAUAGAUGCAUAAAAAAAACACCAAAAAAAAAAAAUACUUUGACCUCAACUCUCAUUUCCUUCACUGUUAGAACCCAUGAGUACCCAAAUGCACUGAUUGAACUAUGCAGUAUUUGUAGAUCAAAUCACUUGUUUGUGUUAGCAAUACUCCGUGUUUCUCAGUAGAUUGUUUGUGCGCCAUGAACAAUAAAAGUACACCCGCUGCUCUGCCGGCGGUCCUGGUGCAGCGUGGAGACGCUUUCAACUGUCGACGCUCAAAGAACUCGCUUACUGAUGCAAAGCCUUUAUCCUCCUGCACAAGUAUGGCCUAAAUCGUGACAUUUAGAUCCUCCCUCAGUUUUUUUUAUUUUUUAUUUUUUUAUCGACUAAUGAAUUACUUGAACCAGGUUUUGAGAUUCUUGAUUUAGCGGUCAGAGCCUGUAGCAACGUUCCAGUGGGAAGGUAUCGAAGCAGGUGCCACUCUGACUGCUUAUGUCACAUUAGACUCACUACCUUCUGAUUGCUCAUUACUAUAGCUAACAAAAACAACAGUCAAUGCCAAGAUACACUGUUUUAUAUUUAGUCAUUUAUAUUAAACGGCAGAUCUAUAUGGAGAGAUCAUGUUGUAAUCAAAUAAGUAUUUGUUUUACUUUACUCUUUAGCGUGUAAUGCUAUGUCCGUAUAGUUGUAUGCUCACAAAGAUCUUAAUGAAUCGGAGUCUUCAAAGGACGUUGGUGUCGCGUAAUCAAAUCUCUUCCUUUUGUAUGAUUUCAUUGCUUUCAUGUUGUAAAAUGCAGUUUGCCUACUUUUCUGUAAUCUGCCAUGUAUACCACACCUUUUGAUAUUUAGUGUUUUUUGUAAGUAAAAGUUCAAUGAUCAUAAAAGAACAAACCUUGUUUUGAAAAGAAGCUUUGUACUUGCAUAUUGAUAAUUGGUUGCAACGGCUGCAGCUAUUUGAACAUUUUAAGAAAGGUCCUGGUAAAACGCUUAUUUAUUAACUGGACUAAUAAAAUGAUUGCUUCCA